GUUCCUUUUCGCUUCGAAAAAGUGUGAUCUUCGGACAUAUUGGAGGUCGACACUCUGGUCGAAAAAGGUUGAAUUUCUCGUUGCUUGCACCGAUGGCUUCGAAAACGCCUCUGCUGCGAGCAAUCGCGCAACGGCACUAUGCUGCUGGACAAGCAGCUGCCAAGCCUCUGCAGUCGGCGGCCUCGCAGGACGUCAAGUCCACUGUCUUGCCCAACAAGCUCAUCGUUACUUCUGUAGACAACAAUUCGCCUCUCUCCAGAGUGUCAAUCUUCUUCCGAGCCGGUUCUCGGUACGAGACUGCUGAGAACUUGGGAGCAGCCCACUUUUUGAGGAUCAUCGCUGGUUUGACCACGAAGGGUGCAAGCCACUUUUCCAUCACAAGGAACCUGCAGCAAUAUGGUGCCAACCUCACGUGCCAGGUUGGCCGAGAGCAUAUUUCCUACACACUGGAGGCCACCAACGAUUCCAUCGAGCCCACCGUGCAGUACUUAUUGGAAAUCGCCUCUAAGCAGGCCUUCAAGCCCUGGGAACUUGCAGAUGCCGUGCCCAGACUAAAAUACGAACUUGCUGGACUCUCUGCACCUGCUCGUGGAAUUGACCUUCUGCACAAGGCCGCCUACCGCACCGGUCUUGGCAACAGCCUGUAUGUCGCCAGUCACAACGUUGGCAAAAUUAGCUCCGAGACAUUGCAGCACUACGUAAACCAGACCUUCACCACCACCAGGGGCGCCGUGGUUGGUAUUGGUGUUGGCCAGGACUUGUUGGUGCCAGCAGCCCAGUCUCUGGCUCUCGACUCCAACAACGGACCUGCUGCCUCCAAACCCACUUUCAACGCCGGUGAAAUCAGACAGGAGGGUGGUUCGAGUUCGGCCUUCAUUGCCAUCGCCACCGAAGGAGCCAGCGUUUCCAACGCCAAGGAUGCUAUUGUUUACGCUCUCCUGCACCGGGUUGCCGGUGCUGGUCCUUCAGUCAAAUGGAGCAAUGGUGCCUCAACCUCCCCUAUCGCCAAGGCCGCUUGUGCUGCUGCUGAAAAUGAAAUUGUCGCUGCCUCUGGAUUCAAUGUCAGCUACUCUGACAGUGGUCUCUUUGGUGCUGUGGUCGCAGCCCCUGGCAAUGUUGCCGGAAAGGCUCUUGAAGCUGUUGUCCGCAGUCUUAAGUCUCUGUCCGUGUCGGACGCUGACGUGAAGCGCGCCAAAGCCCAGCUGAAGGCCCAGAUUUUGCAGGAAAGUGAGACCGGCAGUGGUCUUUCUGAGUCCAUUGGCCUUGAGGCUGUCCUCAGAGGGUCUGUUGCUUCUGCCUCCCAAGUAGUUUCCCUUGUCGAUGGAGUUUCCACAAGCGACGUUGCUGCUGCUGCCAAGAAGGUUGCCGGUGGCAAGUUUGCCCUGGCUGCUUUGGGCAACAUUAGCGGAGUCCCCUAUCUCGACCAACUGAAGUAAAUUGAAGGCAUUUCCCCCUUAAAACACAGAUAUAGAUUGCAACAAAAGAAAUCAUCAUUCUGUCUGUCGUAGGUGAUGUUUGGUCUUCAGAAAAAUUCAGACAUUCACAAACUGCUGUAAAUUAUUUACUGUUAACGAUUAAUAAAUGACAAACACUGUU